AUGCUUGAUCAUGGAUCACAAUCGCUUACUACACAGCAAUCGGCUGAUGUGGAUCUGAUAGAUGCAUUCAUUGCCGUGGGUGACAGUAAUAUUGUGAACAGUACUGGUGAUAAGAAUGUUGAUAAGCAUAAUAGUGCUGAUGAUAAUGGUAUUAAUAAGACCAGUAGUACUGAAGAUAAUAAUGAAGAGUAUUGUAGAGGUGUAUGA